CACUCGCCCACUCGCCUACACACAUACACCCACUCACCAACUCAGACACCCACUCACCCAGUUACCAACUCGCCUACUCACACACACACUUGCCUACUCACCUACUCACCCACCCCUACCCACCUACUUCUUACUCAGUGUACACUGGUGUUUAGACAGGUGUGGUAGUGCACACCUGUGAUUCAGCACUGUGGAGGUGAUGGUGGAUCACGGAAAGAUUUGUGAAACUCCCAAACCCUCCUAAGGCUGCAAGGUGGUCAGGCUAACGACAGUGGAGCCCCAGUGGGUUUGCAAACCAGUCUGUGCGGACCUGUGAGUGCUACCCCCUCUCGUAUCUAUCCAGCGGCGCUGUCUCCGGGUUCUGUGCUGCCACGGGAAGCCAAACUUCCCUGCAUUGAGCAUUGAGGCAGUAAGUGGAGUACAUCUGCUUUACAGGCCUGCAGAGCCAGUUGUAAGAAUUCCACAAUCCUAUGGUGGGGGCGAGUCUAUCCAUAGGACAACCACCGUUGAUAUCCCCACAAAGUGUUACUAUUUACCGCGGAGGGAGAGAAGAAUGAUGAUGAUGAUGGGCCGAGUCAACCCACCCACACCAAACCUUGAGUUGAACUCACGACCUUCCGACUGCUGCUGCGAGGAGCUGAGCCGCCUGGAUAAAUAUUACUAGUGGGGGGGGGGGGGGGGGGCACUUGUGAGUGUUCUCUAUGGGGGGUUCAUCUGUGGGCUCCGCGAGCCCCCCCCGCCGCCACCCUGCCGACACCUGCCUCCCCCCUCGGAUUAUUGGGGGCCGCGCUGGCAGCGAUGACGCAGCUCCCCGCGAAUGUCUUCGCCUCGCAUUCCUCGCAUGCGGCGGGCGUCUCGGCUGCGCGAGCCGGGGGCGUGCGAUCAUCGUCACGCACUUCACUGCUGGAUGAAAGUUAUGUCCACCGUCAUGGGGCAGCAGCGGUUGUUUGAACAAACUUCGUCACGCUAGCCGAUGAGGCUUCGUAGAUGUCACCGGUUCAGAUGUCGCUCGCCGUCCAUGCGGGCCGUGGCCGGGAGUCGAACUCGGGUUUGUUCCGGGCUUUCUCCUCGAGCGCCGCUGUGCCAACUGCUGCACCACGAAUCCCCUGCAGCUGCAGCCUGACCACUGUGCAGGGCUUGCCCCAACUCGAGGUACUCGGUGGGUCCUGGAGUGGCGGGGCUGGACAGGGCAGCCACACUCGGGGUACCAAUUUGCGGUGGUACCUCACCUCUGGAACCUUGCCUCUGGUACCUCGUGCCUAGUCCCUGGUACCUGCCGGCGUAGCUGCCUAGCCUGCGACGCCACCUUGAAGUCGCCUGUGAGCUCCACGCUCGAGUUUUGGUUGCGCUGCUCGAGGGAUCGAGGUCCUUCCCCGAGUCCCCUCGACCCUCAAGUUUGGUCGUCUUCCUAAAACGCUCCCAGUUUUCUGGGCGGUCCCACGGACAGUGGCAAGUGCCACCUUCAACCGCGAGUCAGUCGGUUUACCUCUCUGCCCUUUCUACUCUGAAGAAGGGCCAUUGCCCGAAACGUCAGCCCGUUGUAUAUGGUGUGUGUUAGAAGGCAGCGUUAGCGACGAACGCGGGGAGUGAGUUUUUCGCCACUUUGUACAGUUUAUUUAUUUGCAUUAAACACUGUCAAACAUUCCGCGAGGCGCAACGCCUCGGUUCGUCAGGGGCCCCGGGCUCCCGCGCUCCUCUGGUUGGUUCCGAGCGCCGCGGGCGAUGUCGCCUUCAUGCCGACAUCGUCCCGAAAUCGUGCCGCGAAUCCAUCCCCGAUGUCAGUCGCAUUGUUUCCGAUAUGGAUCGUCACUGCGGAUUUCACGUCUUCACAUCGUCAACAACAACAAUGUGGAUGUUGUGCACCGAGCUGCUACGGCGGCGUCGUUUGUGCAAUCCGCGUCACUCGCGAUUGUCGACGAGGAGCCACAGGCGAGCGGCGAAGGCAGGGACCAGGCGAAGGCGGGGACCAGGCGAAGACGGGAACCAGGCGAAGGCAGGAACCAGGCGAAGGAAGGGACCAGGCGAAGGCAGGAACCAGGCGAAGGCAGGAACCAGGCGGCGAGGAAUAAUUCGCUUACAACGAAUGCCCCAGCUCUGCGGUCCCCUCGAUAUAUUAAGAAAAUUUUCGGCCAUUGAAUAAGUUGUUUGUAUGUUUGAGAGAAAACCGGAGCACCCUGAGAAACCCCACGUGUGCGAAGAAAACAACAUCCUAUCCCGUGCAGAAGGAACAGGUGGGUCGUCAAUGGACCAAACCCAUCGAUUUUCAUUAAAAUGUUUUCAUGCAAAGCAGUUCACGUUGUGUUCGCUGAGUGGUCUGGUGAGUGAGUGCAGUGGCGUAGCUAUCCGGAGUGCAGGCGGUACGACUGCACCUCCAGCCCGGACGCCGGGCUGUGAGAAGGGGAUCACGGCCUCCCAGGGAUCUCGCCGUGCUGCGCCACUGAGUGGCAGGCUGAGAGGGUGAAUGAUUUGGCUCGUGCGUGCCUGGGUGACGACGGUGGUGCAGGCAGGAGCGGCAGGCGGCACAGCGCCUGUCACCCACGACGUUCGCCCGUCCGAGCACCGUCCAGGCUCACGCCCUGCUUAGCCUCCGAGGUCGGGCACAUUCCAGGGGUUUUGAUCGAUGCCAACUUCACUGUAGAGCACGUGCACUGUGGCGAUAUUGUGUUACAUCAUGAAACGUUGACGAGGAGCCACGGUGGACCUCUGUUCAUCUCCAAUUCGCCCUGAAUGCGCCCAACCCCCCCGCCGUGUGAAGUCUCAGAAGCGAAGCAGCGUCGAGGCCCGGUUCGUACCUCGCUGUUGAGACUGCUCUGUGAGGUGGCCAGCAGAUGGCAACGCAUCGAUGGAUUCGUGAAUCCAUUUGUGCGGAGCUUUUGAGGCGUCACCCCCUCGUGUACAGAGCACGCUGCUGGCGUCUCACUCCUUUCGUGUUGUUUGCAUUGCUACUUUCGAACCCGCCCCUACUGGAUAUAUCUGAAAAAGAGCUUCAUAGCUCAUCGGAUUUCUCCAGGAUGACUAAAGAUUAUAAUUCUGAUAGUGGCGGUGACGUCACUACGGCGCUCGUGCCAUGCUAGGUGCACUUUGAGGCGACGCGAAGUGUCGAAGGCUCGCUGGCUGGAGGUCACGGGACAGGCCCAACAGGUGCCGCGGGUCGACUCAGGCGACUGGCGGAUGCCACCGGCCGUGUGUCCCCACUGUGCCAACUCUGCACUUUAUCCGCCCGGCGCCCCGCUUGUUGCUGUGAGCGUUGUUGUGGACGGAGACGACCACACCCCGUGAAAGGCAGAGAGAGAGGGAGAGAGAAGCGAUGUUUGCACGAAGCCACAGAGCUGCCCGCACUCGGGGCAGCGAGGCGCAGCGCACGGACGCGAACCGCGGGGUCGGUGGCUCAGCGGCCGUGCCGGCUCAACCGGUCUCACGCUCGCAGCGCCGAGAGCCAAACUUCGCGGCGAUGAUGACGGAAACAAUUCGACGAUGACGAAUAAAUAAAUAACGAGGCCGCUGCGCUGAUGCCUGCACUCACAACUGCACCCACCGGGCGCGCUGCAUUUCGAGGCGGAGUCACCCUGAGAUGUCAAUCGCCACUGACGUCAGCCGUGGCACAGCAAUCGAACCCAGGUCGCCGGGCUCGAAGGGCAGCGCUGCGCUCUGCGCCACCGCUCCCCAUCCUGCCUCGCCCGGAGCCCAACCCAGCCCCGCCGCCUCGGAGCCCCGAGGGGACCCCACUGGGGCCCCCUGUGUGGACCCCACUGGGGCCCCCUGUGUCGACCCCUGUCGCUCGUUAAUGAAUCUCCCGGGCUUAGUCAAUGAUUGUCGGGCGCGUGUGGAGGGGGAGGAGCGGGGUCCGAGCUGACGCGAGGGGGGGGAGAGAUCACGGAGCCAGCGUCACAUCACCGCCGUCAGCGUCACAUCACCGUCCUCAGCGUCAGCAGACAUCAUCACAAACUACAACCGUCAUCAUUAUAUUUAGUUACUCCACUCAUCGUUAAGUAAAACGCACGGUUAUAAUAAUCAAAUAGUAACCGCAAUCAUCAUCAAUUACCAUCAACGUUCACAACCACUACCACCACCUCCAUCGUCACCACCACCGUCACCACAAGCGACCUCUUCUCCAUCACUGAAACACGAGGAGCGAGUAGCUCGACCCCGGCCAGAAUCCUCCUCUGCGUGGUCCUCCGUGCCCAGUCGGCCCUCUUCCUGCGGCCGCCGCGUGGAAGCUCGGCAGGAGAUGGCUCCACGUGCCGCUGCCCAGAGCCUCAUCGCCUCCGCGGCGCGACCCCUGCACCUGCUGCACCUGCUGCUGCUUGUCGCGUGGCUCAGCUCCGUGCGCGCGGUGCCAUUGUCCGAGGACGCGGGCGACCACCACAACCACCACCACAACCACAACAACCACCACAACCUCUCCAACUCGGCGUCGUCGUGGUCUCCGUCGUUCGUCCACCACGACUACGAGGCGAUGGUGCGGGCGCUCAGGGCCGUGGCCUCGCGCUGUCCCGACGUUUCGCGCCUCUACUCCAUCGGGCAGAGCGCGCAGGGCCGCCACCUCUACGUGAUGGAGUUGAGCGACAAUCCGGGCAGCCACGAAGUCGGCGAGCCGGAGUUCAAGUACGUGGGCAACAUGCAUGGCAAUGAGGCGCUGGGCCGCGAGCUGCUGCUGCACCUGCUGCACCACCUGUGCAGCGAGCACCGGCGGGGCGCGGCGCGCGUCGAGCGCCUGUUGCGCUCCACGCGCAUCCACGUGCUGCCCAGCAUGAACCCCGACGGAUACGAGGUGGCGGCCGCACAGAACCAGGGCGCCGAGGCCCACUGGUACACGGACGGGCGAGGGAACGCACGCGGCGUGGACCUCAACCGCGACUUCCCCGACCUCACGGCCGUCUUCUACCAGCACGAGCGCGGGGGGGGGCCCAACCACCACCUCGCACUCCCCAGCGGCUGGCACGCCCAGGUGCAGCCGGAGACGCGUGCCGUCAUCCGCUGGUUGCGACAGCACAACUUCGUGCUGUCGGCGAACCUGCACGGCGGUGCCGUGGUGGCCAACUACCCGUUCGACAAGUCGCGGCGCGGGCGCCAGCCGCUGCCCUCACGGCUCCACCACUACGCGGGCACCCCCGACGACCCGCUCUUCCGACACCUCGCCAUCACGUAUUCCUACGCGCACGGGUGGAUGCACACGGGGACCAACUGCGGGGAUUACUUUCCUGACGGCAUCACCAACGGCGCCAGCUGGUACUCGCUAAGCGGGGGUAUGCAGGACUUUAACUACCUCCACUCGAACUGCUUUGAGGUGACACUGGAGCUGAGCUGUGAGAAGUUCCCCCAAGCGCAGGAGUUGGCACGCGAGUGGCAGGCCAACCGCGAGGCGCUGCUCUCCUUCAUCGAGCAGGUCCACCGCGGAGUGAAGGGGGUGGUGCGGGGAGUGGAGGGGGUCGCGCUGCCCGGGGCCCAAAUCUCCGUGGCCGGGAUCGCUCAUGACAUCACAGCAGGAACGGACGGGGACUACUUCCGACUGCUGCUGCCCGGCGUUUACACGCUGAGCGCGUCGGCCGCGGGCCACCUCACGGCCACCACGGAUGCCAUCGUCACGGACAGCGAGCCCAGCGAGGUUGAUUUCUAUCUGCAGCCUCUUCCACCACGUGAGAAGUCGUCAUCGUCCUCGGCUUCAGAAGAUUGAGAGGCUCAGCAACACGAAGCCGACCUAGAGGAAGCCCAAAUCGGAGUUACGGGGUCAGGCUGGG